GCCGGGACGGCGAGCCCCGCUCCUCCGCGCUUGGCAGUGCCCCAGCCCGUUCUCCUCUCCCCCGGCGGCCGGCGACAGCAUGCUUUGGGUCAGCGAGGGAGCCACCGCCAACUGGUCCCGAGGGGCCGGAGAGCAGUUCGCCCCGGCCCAGGCGUGCGUCGGCUAAGCGCUCUCGGGAGGCAGCGGACUUCCCCCCACCGCCGCGUUCCCUCAGACAUGCUUGCUGCUGACCCAGGCCGCUUGGCCCCCCGCGAAUAAGGAGGCUCCUCUUCGGCCGGCGAGCGCCCUUCCGUCCUUCCCGCGGGACUCUGCAGGGGGGAAGCCCCGGGCCGUCUGCCGCUGCUCCCCCCGUUCCUUCAGGCCCGGCCCAUGUCCCAGCAGCAGCAGCAGCAGCAGCAGCAGCAGCAGCAGCAGCAGCAGCCAUGAGUGCCGGCUGCGAGUCCAGCCAGAACAGCGGGGACGGUAGAAGCAGCAGCAGCAGCUCUGGGGCCCCCAGGAGGACCCGGGCCCCCCGAGGGAGCGAGGCCCAGGGCCAGGCCACCGACGACAUGGACGUCAACAGCAACGGCUCCAGCGGCAACGAGUCUCACGGCGAUUCCCACAGCAGCUCCCGCAGCAGCGGCAACGGCAAGGAUUCGGCUCUCUUGGAGACCACCGAAAGCAACAAGAGCUCCAACUCGCAAAGCCCAUCUCCUCCCAGCAGCUCCAUUGCCUACAGCCUUCUCAGCGCCAGCUCAGAACAGGACAACCCAUCCACCAGCGGCUGCAGCAGCGAGCAGUCGGCACGCGUGAAGACGCAGAAAGAGCUGAUGAAGGCCCUGAAGGAGAUGAAGAUCCGGCUGCCCUCCGAGAAGCGCAGCAAGGGGAAGUCGGGGACCCUGGCCACCCUCCAGUACGCCCUCUCCUGCGUGAAACAAGUCCAAGCAAGCCAAGAUUAUUAUCAGCAGUGGGCCAUUGACGACAGCCAGCCCUGCGGCCUGGAUCUGUCCACGUACACCAUUGAGGAGCUGGAGAACAUCAUGUCUGAGUACACACUCAAAAACCCUGAUACGUUCACGGCAGCCGUCUCCUUCACCACGGGCAAAAUCGUCUACAUCUCGGACCAGGCCGCCUUCAUUCUGCGCUGCAAGAAAGAAGUCUUCAAGGGGGCUAAGUUUGCAGAAUUCCUGGCACCUCAAGAUGUCAGCAUCUUCUACGGAUCCACAGCACCGUACCAUUUGCCCUCCUGGAGUGCCUGCCCCUCUGCCACUGCCAUGGAUUACACCCAAGAGAAAUCUGUCUUCUGCCGCAUCAGCGGAGGCCACGCGGGAGGACGCGAGCUGCGCUACUACCCCUUCCGGCUGACCCCUUAUCUGACCAAAGUGCGGGAUUCCGACCGUGCGGAGGGACAGCCCUGCUGCCUGCUCAUCGCCGAGCGCAUCCACUCGGGCUACGAAGCCCCCAGAAUUCCUCCUGAUAAAAGAAUCUUCACCACCAGGCACACCCCCAGCUGCUUGUUCCAGGAUGUGGACGAGCGAGCUGCUCCCCUGCUUGGCUACCUCCCCCAGGACUUGGUGGGGACCCCUGUCCUUUUCUACCUGCACCCUGAGGACAGGCCCCUCAUGCUGGCCAUGCACAAGAAGAUCCUGCAGUAUGCCGGCCAGCCCUUCGACCACUCGCCCAUCCGCUUCUGUGCUCGCAACGGCGAAUACGUCACCAUCGACACCAGCUGGUCCAGCUUCGUCAAUCCCUGGAGCCGCAAAGUCUCCUUCAUCAUGGGGAGGCACAAAGUGCGGACGGGCCCCCUCAAUGAGGACGUCUUCACCGCCCCCAAAUCGCCGAAGGCCAAGGCCCUGGAGCUGGACAUCCAGGAGCUUUCUGAGCAGAUCCACCGGCUCCUGCUGCAGCCGGUGCACAGCAGCGGAGCCCCGGGCCUUUGCAGCAGCACCUCCCACGAGCAGUUCCUGAGCAUCGCCUCCUCCAGCGACAGCAACGGCUUCCCUCCCGAGGAGGCCCAGGCUCUCCGGCCGAUGACCUUCCAGGAGAUCUGCAAGGACGUCCACAUGGUGAAGAACCAGGGCCAGCAGGUCUUCAUCGAGUCCCGGGUCAAGCCUCUGCCCAUCAAGCCCUCCCGGCCAGCCCUGGAUCCGCCCGUCAGCCGCACCGGGCAGGCGAAGGAGGCCCUGAGGGACGCGGAGAAGAGGCCAGGCAAGGCGGCCGCAUCCGAGGAGUCUGUGAGGAAGGAGCCGUCAAACUACUCUUACCAGCAGAUCAACUGCCUGGACGGCAUCAUCCGGUAUCUGGAAAGCUGCAACGUCCCGAGCCGGGUGAAGCGCAAGUGCUGUUCCUCCUUGUAUACCACCUCCUCCAAUUCGGACGACGACAAGCAGAAAGCGCGCAACCAGGUGGCUUCUCAGAGCAAAGAUGCGCCCAAGGAAAUGCUGCCGGCCUCAAAGAGCCAGGCCAAGAGGGAAGAGCCUGGGACGGCAGCAGCUGCCGUGGUGAGAGGCCCUCUCACCCCGCUGGCCUUGCCUAGCAAAGCCGAGAGCGUGGUCUCGGUGACCAGCCAGUGCAGCUUCAGCAGUACCAUCGUCCACGUGGGAGACAAGAAGCCCCCGGAGUCGGAUAUCGUCAUGAUGGAAGAGGCCGCGCCCAGUGUGACCCCCCCCGCCCCUCCCCCCAGUGCGACCCCCGACCGGGAGCAGCAGUACCGCAAGGUGGGCCUGACCAAGGAGGUCCUUUCCGUCCACACCCAGAAGGAGGAGCAUUCCUUCCUCACCCGCUUCAAGGACCUCAGCCAGCUGCACGUCUUCAGCUCUCCCGCAGGGCUGAGCUGGCAGGAGCUGCACCACCCCCUGGGGGCCCACGACGAGCGGGGACACAGGGGCCCACGCCAGGGGCCCCGUGGGCCAAGUUGCCGGGGGCGGAGCAGGUGGUCCAAGGCCAAGCGCAUCAAGCAGAACAAGUCGUCGGACAGCACGAGCUCCCCGCCGAACUCUGCCUCCCCGCCGCAGCCCCCCUGCCCCCAGGGCGCCUCCCCAUGGCCCCCCUUGGGCCCUUCCCAGCCCAGCCUCCCAAACAUGUCCUACCCGGCCGUGAUGCCCACUUACCCGAUCCCCGUCUUUCCCUCUCGCCCCCCGGCGCCCCCGGCCGCUGAGCCCUCGCAGAACCCCUUGCCCGCCUCUCAGUUCCCUGCCCCUCUCAUCACCCCCAUUGUGGCCUUGGUCCUGCCCAACUACGUCUUCCCCCAGAUGAACGGCCCCCUCCCCCAGUCUUACUUUCCCGGCGGACCCGUUUUCCCCUUUGGCCCACCGCCCCAGCCGGGGGGCAUGCUGGCCCCCGGGCCCGAAGCUGGCCCGCAGGUCCCCUCCCGGUCCUCCACCCCGCACUCGAUGAGCCAGCCGGAGCGGGCCGAUUCCCCGCUCUUCGAGUCGCGCUGCAGCUCCCCGCUGCAGCUGAACCUGCUGCAGAUGGAGGAGAUGCCGAAGCCUUGUGACCUCCAAGAGGCAGGCCUGAGCGGUCAAGCGGGACCAGCUGGCACCUCUGCAGACUGGGCCGGAGUGACCGGCGGGCAGGGGCUGGCGAACGAGCUCUGCCCUCCGAAGGAAGCCUGCAUGGCAGAAGCCCACGAUUCCUCGAACAACGAUGCUUUGUCCAGUUCCAGCGACCUCUUGGACCUCCUCCUGCAGGAGGACUCGCGUUCGGGCACGGGGUCGGCCGCCUCGGGGUCCAUGGGCUCGGGCUCCAACGGGGAGAGCACCUCUGCCAGCGGUACCACAAGCAGCAAGAGCAGCAACACCAGCAAAUACUUCGGCAGCGUCGACUCGUCCGAGAACGACCUGCGGGGCAAGAAGCGCUCCGAGGCGGAGGACAACGAGCACUUCAUCAAGUACGUCCUCCAAGACCCCAUCUGGCUGCUGAUGGCCGACGCCGACGACAAGGUCAUGAUGACCUACCAGCUCCCGGCCAGGGAUGCGGAGACCGUCCUGCGGGGGGAUCGGGAGAAGCUGAGGCAGCUGCAGAAGCAGCAGCCCCGAUUCACGGAGGAGCAGAGGAAGGAGCUGGCCGAGGUGCACGCCUGGGUCCAGAGGGGGGUCUUGCCCAAAGCCAUCAACGUCACGGCCUGUGUGGAGUGCGAGAGCAAUGUUGCCUCUCGGGUACCCCCUCUGUACGACGUCGAGAUCCAGGACAUGGACCUCACCGGCAUGCUGGAGCCGAUGGAGGAGGGCAGCAGAGGAGGACCACGCUCCUUACCCCUGGAAAUGGCCAUGGAGGAGGAGGAGGCCGGGGAGAGCAGGGACCAGCCGCCUCGGACAGAAGCAGUGGCGGGGGAGGCAAGCUAAGCCUCCAAGCGGUACCUCUAGACCCCUUCGGGAUGGCUUUGGCUUGCCCGGAACGAGGAGACAGGCUGCUGAGCAGCAGGACUCG